CCUCAUGGGCAGGGCCUCCCUGGGUAUAAAUAGGUCAGACUGCUGGGCUCUCCCCAAACCCAAACCGCUCUGCUCAGCACUUCCUCUCUCGGUCUGGUCAGAGGCUGCCAUGGCUCUUCCCCUGGAGAACGCCUUGGACGUGAUGGUGUCCACCUUCCACAAGUACUCAGGCAGAGAAGGCGACAAGUUCAAGCUGAACAAGUUGGAGCUGAAGGAGCUGCUGACUCGUGAGCUGCCCAGCUUCUUGGGCAAAAGGACGGAUGAGGCUGCAUUCCAGAAGCUGAUGAGCAACUUGGACAGCAACCGGGACAACGAGGUGGACUUCCAGGAGUACUGCGUCUUCCUGUCCUGCAUCGCCAUGAUGUGCAACGAGUUCUUUGAGGGCUGCCCCGAUAAGCAGCCCCGGAAGAAGUGAAGGCUCCUCGGAGGCCUUGGGUUGGGAGUGGGGUCUGCGGCUGGGGUCCUCGGAGGCGCAGUGAGCACAGUGCUCACUCGGGCUUUUGGAUGUGUGCAUGACGCUGAGCAAAUUCAAUAAAGAGUUUUGGGAACUACGA